CUUCAUCUAUAAAUCUCUUCCUCGCUGCAGCAUCAACCCCAACACAACACACCAGACCUUCCCAAUCCCUCCCAUAAAUAUUUCCAUAUUUCUCACAACAAACUUUUUUAAAAAAAAAUCAGCUCUCUUUCCAAAUCUUGAAAAAAUGGCACGUUCCUUCUCCAACGUCAAAACCGUCUCUUCCUUCGUCGGGAACCAAAUCUCCGCCUCUCUUGCCAGGAGGGGAUACUCUGCGGCGUCGCAGGGGGUGGGCAGCAGCGGCGGUGGCCGGGCUCCGAAUGUGAUGCUGAAGAAGGGAUCGGAGAAGGGCGGGGAGAGUGCAUGGGUGCCCGACCCGGUUACCGGAUACUACAGACCCGAAUCUAAUGCGAAGGAGCUUGACCCGGCGGAGUUGAGAAAGAUGCUCAUCAGGAGCAAGAACAAUGCUAAAUGAACCCAUGGAGACGGCGCGGUCUCGUUCGGCCCGGCCUGGCCCGAUAUGAACACGACGAGUAGAAUUUUGAUUGAAUUUUAGCAGAAAUUGCCUGCUCAUGUUGUUCGUCGUUCCUGCUAUUAUUAUUACUGUGUUCAAAUGGAUCUGUAUUUUCGUUGCUAUGUUAUUAUUAUUAAAAUAUAGUACUAGUAUUAAAAUUCAA